AAUAAUAACCAUGUUCGAAGAGAGAGGAUCAACGCCCUUCGCCCAGUUUCAUAAACAUUCUAUAACAGUUCGAAAUCGAACGAGAUACUUCUCACAGGAGCGAUCCGUUUUUCGCCUCUCGAACGACUAAUCCCAAAGAAUAGUGGACUUGGUGAGUCUCACCAGAAGCCCACAGCGCAUAACCUACUGCGCACCAAACCACGGCGGCGUCCCUUUCGAAAAAUUCACAUCUUCGUUUGCGGCGGCCGACAAGGGUUUCAUACGGUCGACGAUCCCCUGUGAAGCUGGAUUCAGUCGGCAUUGAAGCUCGAAUCGUAGCAGCGCAAAAGGGAACUCACGCCGCUGAACAGAACCCAGUGUUAUUCCGACUGAAAAUCUCCCGAGUAGAAAACGAUUUCUUUUUAUUUGUGUCAAAAUGAUCCGACUCUGUUGCGGAACAUAAAAAUAUCGUCUGGAUUCUCAGUAUAAAAAGUGUUUGUUCCAUUUCAAAGAGCUAAACCAUCACGACGUUGUGUUUGUGAAAUCAAGAUUUAAUCUAUUCUGCUCAACAUUUUUUUUACAUAAAUAUUCUGUAGUGAUAGUGUAAAAAUAUACAUAUAUAUAUAUAAAUCGAAGAAUAUAUAUAUCCCACCUGAAUUUGCUCAGAUAAUUUGUACAGUGCACAUUCGUUUUACGUCUUUUGGAUUUUGCUGUUCUUAAAUAUCAUCUAACAAUGGAUUGGCACAACAAUAUGAAAAUUUAUCAAAAAAGGAGCCUAAUCUUUCCAUUGGUGGUGUUGUUUACCAUACUGCCGUUGGCAGCGAUAGCUGUUAAUCCAUAUCAUGAUAGGAUCAUUAGAAAAGAACAUGUCCGUGAAUUCAACUGUGGUAGACUUUUUUAUAGAACAUUUUUCUUGGAUCUUCGACGAGAUACGCUCUACGUCGGUGCUAUGGAUAAAAUUUUUCGACUAAAUUUGGCAAACAUCAACAGAACACGAUGCGAGGGAGAUGCAAUUACAAUAGAACCAUCGAACAUUCCUCAGUGUGUAUCCAAAGGAAAGUCAGAACAUUAUGAUUGCCGGAAUCACAUCCGAGUGAUUCAGCCAAUCGGAGAUGGAAGCAAACUUUAUGUUUGCGGGACCAACGCUCAUAAUCCCAUGGAUUAUGUCAUUCACGCAAACUUGUCUCGCCUGAAUCCAAGUGAUUACCAUCCGGGUGUUGGUGACGGAAUAGCUAAGUGUCCUUUUGAUCCAGAAGAUAACGCCACUGCUGUAUGGGUUGAACGUGGAAAUCCUUCCGGGUUGCCUGGUUUGUACAGCGGCACGGUUGCGGAGUUUACAAAAGCUGACACCGUCAUAUUCAGGACGAAUCUUUACAAUAAAACCACUGGCGUGGAACUCCAUCCUUUCAAACGAACCAUCAAAUACGACUCCAAGUGGCUAGACAAACCGAAUUUCGUGGGUUCGUACGACAUCGGGGAACACGUGUACUUCUUCUUCAGAGAGAGUGCAGUAGAGUACAUCAACUGCGGGAAAAGCAUCUACUCCAGAGUGGCCAGGGUUUGCAAGAAAGACACAGGAGGAAAAAAUAUCUUGAGCAAAAACUGGGCCUCGUUCCUGAAGGCCCGACUGAACUGUUCCAUACCGGGAGAAUUUCCAUUCUACUUUAACGAGAUACAGGACAUCUACAAACAUCCAGAAGAUGACCAAAAGUUUUAUGCCGUCUUCACAACAUCAAUGAAUGGACUGACAGGAUCAGCAGUUUGUACUUUCAGUCUUGAUUCAAUCCAGGAGGUAUUCAACGGGAAAUUCAAAGAACAGGCCACUUCUUCAUCUGCCUGGUUGCCCGUUCUCAGCAGCAAAGUUCCCGAACCAAGACCCGGACUCUGCGUCAACGACACUCAAACACUUCCGGACUCUGUCCUGAAUUUCAUUCGAGGUCAUCCACUGAUGGACAGCGCUGUUGCUCACGACAAUGGAAAACCAGUGUUCUUCAAGAGAGAUAUCCAACUUUCCCGACUAGUCAUUGACAAAUUGGAAGUGGAUGGUUUGCCUUUUACAGUCUUCUAUGUCGCUACCAAUGAUGGAAUUAUAUACAAAUUGGUCGAAUGGUAUAACCGGGAUGGAGAAGAGCAUUCUAAUCUAAUCGAUAUUUUCGAAGCCACCACACCUGAUCCUAUCAGGUCCAUGGAAUUUUCCAGCAAGCACAAAUCAUUGUACAUUUCAUCUGAUUCAUAUAUCCGGCAAUUUGACGUCAUCAUGUGUAAAGGAAGAUAUGACAGUUGCCUGAGAUGCAUUCAGGACCCUUACUGCGGCUGGGACAAGGACCACAACGAAUGCAAACCUUACGUCACAGGUCUCCUUCAAGAUGUUACAAAUGCAACACCAGGAAUAUGUGACAGUAGUGUAAAAAAUAAGCCCCUGCACGUAUACUGGGGACAGAGUGUUCAUCUGGCGUGCAAUAUCCACCUUCCUGGUGCAGAGACGGCCAUCCCUGGUGCAUCCAAGUGGUUCCGGUACAGCCGUGAAAAGGGCAAGUACGAGGUUCAGCAGAGAAGGGACAAGUACAUCUAUACUCAGGACCAGGGACUGGUCAUCCUGUCCGUCACGGAGAGGGACAGUGGACGUUAUGACUGCAAGCUGGGUCCCAAUACUCUCUGCAGUUACAAUAUCACUGUAGACACUAAAACAUGUAGCGCUCCAACAGAUGUGGAAUAUAGAAAAGUCUAUUCGGACUGGUGUCACGAGUUUGAAAAAUACAAAUUAGCAAUGAAGACGUGGCAGAAUAAACAGCAGAAAUGUCAACUUGCCCACCCAAAUGAUGUCACAUAUCAGGGGAGUCCACCCCUGUAACACUAUAGCGAGAGACUUUGCCGAAUUACUUUUGAUUGAACUCUCCCUUCGACCGCUGGUCGGCAGGGUCUGGCCACCCCUCUUGACCAGAAGGAAGCCACCUUGUUUAUGACUUCUUCUGAGAGGCCGACGCUCAUUAACAAACUCUGUACAUAAAUAAAACACAGUUCAUCUGACAUUCAUCUGUGAUGAUUAUUUAAAUAAUAUUAAAGUAAGAAGAACUAUUUAAAGGGACCUUUUAAGUGACAAGGACUAUGCCAAAGACUCCUUCUAGAUGUUCCUCCCCACAAACGGGAUUAUAUUGCUCCGUCGAAAAUGCUCAAAUAAUUGGAGAAACAUCCGAACAUUGGAUAAACAAACAAAUUGGAGAAACUGCUGCUGCUGCUGUGCCGAUUCUCGUAUCGGAUGAUGCGUUUUAAUCAGUGAUAAGUACACGUGAUGGGUAGUUGCUGAAAGGUGUACGCACUUUCGAUUGCUGACUUAUCUCCUGGUACGAGAAUUGAGGCAUUUAAGUGAUGAAAAUAAACUGUACUGAUAUUGGCGAUUUCAUGUUGAUUCUGGUCUUUAAUAUUUUCAGUUUUAAUUUUAUUCGAUACCAAAUAAUACAUUAAAUGGUGUCAGUUUUUAAUGCCGGAUUUUUUUAAAAAAAAUAGUAAGUAUUCCAAAACAAAAUAGAAGUUUUGAAAAAUAAAUACUCUCAUUCACUUAGAUCUAAUUUGCGAUUAUUUUGAUUGAAGUUAACCUAAUGAUAAAUUAUUUUGAUGAAAUUAACCAAACAAAGCUGUAUCUUCUUUUGUCAUUUUAAAUUGCUGUAAUAUUAUUGUUGCUAUAAUAUUAUUGUUGCUAUAAUAUUAUUGUUGCUAUAAUAUUAUAAAUUGCUAUAAUAUUUUACAUUAAAAAUGAAAAGAAAAUAAAUUUCAUUUUUAUUUUCUGAAAGAAAAUUUCAUCGCAAUUUAUUUUAUACUAAACGUUGAAAAACUUUAAAAAGAGCAAUCAUUUUAAGAAUAAAAAAUGUAUUAGUUUAAACCUUUACAAGCUUUUCACAAAAACGUGUUUUUUAUUUUUUUUUAAAAUGAUAAAAGUUUUUAAAAUAAACGAUAAUAACUAAAUUAGUCAUUGUAAUGGGUAAUAGUUAUUUCAUAUUUAAAAAAUUUAUGCUUAAAUCUAAAAAUUAUUUAUUUUUUUUGGAAAUAUAUCAAUGAUUUUCAAAUUUGAAUCCUGCAAUAUAUAAGUUAUAUUUACGUAGUAAAAUUUAAGUAUUAUUCUACAUACGUAUCAUUCUAUAGGCGUAUUUACGUAUUAUAUAAUAUUUACAUAUUUCUUCUCAACUUGUCAUGCAAAAUUAAAAAUUUACUCAGUUCAAAAUAUAAUCAAAUAAAUUGAAUAAUUUCUAAACAUAUGUGAGUCAGUUAAAAUUUUUAAAAAAAUUCCCAGCUAAGAAAAAAUUUUGCUAUAGAUAAAAAUUCAAAAAGAAUUGAUUUUUAUCAUGAAUUCAUCGAAAAUAGGAGUCAUAGAAUAAUGAACAGAAUCGACUUGAAAUCGAAAAUAUCAGACAAUUGUAAAAUGAAAUUAACUUAUCAUUUCGAAAACUCGUCUGCGUGUAUGUGCGUGUCUAUUUGUUUAGAAGUAGCUAAUGUCAA